CUGUCAAUAGCACCGUCAGGCUAAUGUUAAUCAAGUUAAAAACUUUAGCAGUAUCCAUUAGAACAAUAACCAUUUGUGGAUGCCUUAAAUCAUUACGAAACUAAGAAAUUACCUAGAACUACUUUAACCUGGCUAUAAGCUUAAACUCGAGACACACCAACCUUGGAAGAACUGUGUCUCUCGUGACUUAACCUACUAGUUAGCAACUACAGGAACCUGUAUCUGACGGCGAAUCCACCCAUAUAGUUGGAAGGACCAGUCAUCCGUGUAGUAGCGACUGAUAUGAGCCGAAGUCGAACGAAAUCUCAUUUUAUACUUGCAAACUUGCCAGCCAGCUAUACAUUGCAAGCCAAUUCUACAAUACUGACAAGCUUGGGGGGAUCAACUGCUUCUUCAAGAACGAGAGGAAACAGACACGAACUACUAGCCAAGGCGGCUUCAUAAAUGAAGCAACAACGGAUGCCUGGUCGACUGUACAACUUGAAGCGCCGGAAGUGCAGCUCGGGGACAAGGGGUUCAAUUAAGUGUUCUGUGAAAAAAGAGGUGAAAAAAACAAGGCCCGAAUUGGCCCACCCUAAAAGUGAGAUGUCUCAUAACGAAUCGAGCCUUGAUGCUUGUAUCAGACCAAAACAUUCUACUCUGAUGCUUCGGCACAUCAGCUGUGAGUGUGAGGAUAGGGAAAAACAUCCAGGUUGCGGAGUUUCACCAGACCCCGGGGAGAGUGAAGGCAAAGAGAAUUGCUUGGGACCGGAACAAAACCACUGCAUGAACAGUUUAUCAGAGACAAUGGAGGGAAACAAUACAGAAAAAUACGUUGACAAUGAUAUUUUCCCAGAUGACAACAGUAACCAGAUUCUUCCAGUAGAACAAUUCUUUGGAAAUUUGGAAGUUGUACAGGACUGUCCUCAGAGACCAGCCAUCACUUCCACCUGGGGUAAGAGCGAGGUCAAGAGACGACGUUAUUAUGCCAAACAGGACAGCGAUGAUGAAGGCUGCUCUGACAUGCAGCAAGAUGACAGUGAAGGGAGUUAAUGCACCCUACCAACCAAGAUGGGUCUCUUAACCAUGGGUAUAAAAUAGCAAGUAGGGAUACCAGGAUACAAGGGGAUGUUUCCAUGCGGUUAAUUCAUUCGGUUUGCCAACAUGUAUGCCUUUUUUCCAGAAAGAAUUUUUGCACAUUUGCUAGUAAUUAUCAGAAUGAUGCAUACUUAUUUGUAUAUAUUGAUAGUAUAUCAAUGCAUUAAGUUUUUAUAUAUAUUUUUGUGUUGGGGGGGGGGGGAUUUAGUAUGAUUAAAUAUAUAUAAUCAUGGUUAUUUUUCUAUACCUCUCAAAUGCAACUUACUUGUUAUGGAUUCACAUUACAGCAUUGCUGAUAGGCUACUUAAAGUAAAAAUUCAUUAUUUUUUAUUGUUAAGAUUUUUGUGUAGACAUUUUCCGGUUUUAACACCGAACUGCAGGCUGUUUGCCCUACAGCAGGAUGAUUGCAUGGACAAAUGUAUGGUUUCACAUAACAAGUGCACCAAGCAAUGAAAACAGCAAAUACAGAUUAUGCAGGUAUUAAUCAGUUUAGUUUAUUGCAGAAAUUUCAUUUGGUUAAAAAUGAGAACCGACAAGCUGCUGCAGUUCUUGUUCAAGAGGACAAAUGGUCUUUAAGCAUAACCCAUUUGUUACGAUAUAAAUAUUUGUGACAAAAAGUCAUGUGAUUUAAUAAUAAAAAAGUAAAAAUCUAA